AUGGUAACGUUGUCAAGAGCUCUUUUGUUUAGUUGUGCACUAAUUUGGCGAGUGAACUGUCUCAAUAUUCUCGUGUGGGGGACAACCAUCGGUCACAGUCACAUCGCCUUUUUGGGCGGAAUCGGCGAUAUUCUUCAGAAGGACGGUCAUAAUGUCGUAUGUUUCAUUCAAAUCCCGCAUUUUCAAACAAAAAAAAAUAUAUAUACUGUUAAAAAAAUAUUUUUUUAUAAGUCUGUGUACUGAAAUUCGUUUUUUUCUUCGGAUCUGAACACCUAAAAUUGACGCAAUUUCCGUGCGGGCGCGAGUCUUAAGAAAAAAAUUUUUUUAAAAUAAAAUAAAAAAAUUUGGCACUAUUUUUUUACAUAAUUAUGGCAUUUCUACUUUUUCAUCUUCUCUUUGAAAUCAUUCUCAGAAAAAAAUAGAAUCAAGCUUGAUCGAGAUCAAGGAUAGCUGCACAAUUAUGAAAUUAUUCCCUGGAAAUUUAAAUCAAGCAAAGAAAUCAAGAUAAAUUUUGAUUUACGUGCUUAUCUUACAUAAUUUCUAUAAGCUUGCAGUUUUUUUUUUCUCCUUUCAACAUGCCCUGUUUUUUCUCCCUUUUAAUUUAUAAAAUCCAAAUUUAGAGAAGAAGAGAGAGAGAGAGUUCCACAUUCUAAUUCUAUAUAAUGAAAGUAGCCGAAUUGAAUCUUUAUUUUUCAGACCAUGUUUCUUUUCGAAAAUGACCCAGAAGUAACGACAAACGACAUUCCUAUAGGGCAAAUCAUUAGGUAUCCUUUUAUCAUUUUUCUUUCGGUCGAAGGACUUGAGCAUAACCCCAUUAUCUUAGGUAUAACUCGCCACUAGUUCCGAAAGACGAAUGGUCAAAGUUGAACUUCAAAUCAAAGGACGUUUUCCAAACACAUACGAUGGAAAUUGCAGAUUUCUUCCGCAUGCAAAGUGUUAACCACCGUGUUUGUCAAAGUUUGGAGUCUUUGUCAAUUUUUUUCAAUCAUUUGCAAGUUUUAGCGAUGGUAAAUGAUGAUCAUAUCCUACAAGUUUUGCGAAACUCAAAGUUUGACCUCGCUAUCGUUGAGCUUUUCCAUUUCUGUCCAGCUGGAAUUCUCGAGUUUGUAGGUUGGUUCUCAUUUUUUUCCCCCAAAAAAUGCUACAUUAGUGUGUUUCAGGAGUUCCUAAGAUAAUACUAGCGACAGCUCUUGGAAUGACUUAUGCGCAUUAUGAACUUUUGGAUCUCCACGUUCCUAUGAGUCAUGUGCCAGGUUUUUAUUAACUCAACUUUUUUUUUUUAAAGUAGUUUUCAGCCCAGAUGACCCAUUUGGGUAGCAGGAUUCCAUUUUUUGGACGGUUUUAUAACGUACUUUUCAACUACGCGAGUAAGGUUGUCGAUCGUUUUUAUUUUAAAAACAGUUCUUUUUUUCCAGUUUUGCUAUUAUUACUCAUUAUACCAAGAUCAGUUUAUCUUCAUUCGACGGUUUGGGAAAUUCCCGCGUUUAGACGAGCUUUACAAGGUUAGACAUGUUUUUUUCGUGAUUGCAAUCAAAUACAUUUAUUAGAUUGCGGUACUGAAAAUAACAAAAUGGUAAAUUUCUAGAAAAAAAUAGACUACGUUUUCACGAACACCAACGAAUUCACCGAGUCGACGCGGCCAACUCUUCAAAGUAUAAAAAAUAUUGGCGGGAGUACGAUGAUGACUCCAAAGCCGCUCGACAAGGUUCAAUUUGACUAUUUCAGUUUUUUUUAAACUAAUUCGUGCAGGACUUUGACUCUAUUCUGUCAUCGGCUCAAAAAGGAACUAUUCUUUUUUCGUUAGGCUCUCUCGUUAAGCCUGAAACAAUGCCCAAGUUCAUCGAAAAAGGCAAGACUCUAUUUUUUCUAAAUAACUUUCUUCUUAUUUGCAGCUUUUCUCGAUGCAUUUUCCGAGUUUCCUGAAUAUAAAUUCAUUGUUAAAGGUCCCUCUGAGAGCAAUUUUACGUAUCCAAAUAUACAUUAUCGCAAGUGGAUUCCGCAAGUUGAUUUGUUAGGUUUUCUAAAAAUUCUAGCUUUUAGUUUCCACAACUCGAAACUUUUCAGCCGAUGGCCGAGUGAAAGUUUUCAUAACUCACAGCGGCAUGAAUUCUCUUCAUGAAGCUCUUGCCUUUGGAGUCCCGACUAUCACGAUGCCUAUUUUCGGGGACCAGGUGUUUCUUCAUUGGUUUUUUCAUGACUUAUAAUAAGAAACUUCGCCCUUAUGGGAACUUUUAACAAAGUUUUGAAAAAGGCCAGAAUCCAUUUUCGUGAAGAGAAAAAUUAUUUCAGGACUCAAACGCUGUCAUCGCCUUUGAACGAGGCUAUUCCUACCAGCUGAACAAAUUCACAGUGACGAAGGCCAGAGUUGUCGAGGCGAUUCGAGCGGUUAUUGGCGAAAACGGUCAAGAGAGGUAUUCCCAAAAGAAGGACUUCUAGAAUAACUAAAAACACCAGCUCCUAUACGAGGAGUGCGAGAAGAGCCGCCCGGAUCUUGAAAGGAACAAGACCUUCGGUUCGUCGGGAGAUCGCGCGCCUCGCCAAGGUAUCCGGUAAGCCGACAAAUCCUUCUUAGAAAACAAACACGUCUGGCGAACCCUUUCUCCGUAGCGAAUGUCUUGACAGUAGUAAGGAUAUGCUCGUCAAAAUGACAGAUUAAGAGUAGUCUGUUCAUUAAGGAGGCUUGCGAAGUAUUUGGGGGCGCCGAAAAAAAACCAGAAUUUGUUAAACUGGAUGAACCUAUAAGAAAAGUACUGUCCUUUUUUCAUUUUCUGAAACGUUCAUCAUCUUUUUUUCUGAAAAAGCAAAGGAAAAUUUCACUAGUCAAAGGUUUUGGGAAACUCAAUCAAAAAUCCAUGUAGAUCGAGGGAAACGUUUCGAAAAUGACGUUUUUUUUUUCAUGGAAAUUUAGCCCAUUUCCCUUAUUUCUAAUUUCGUCGACCAAGUGAAUCACCGAAACUGGUCGGUCCCAUAAUAUGACUGCUAGUUCAAACUUUUUUGAUAGCACCUUUAGAAUAGUUGUUGUGAAUGGAAAGACCGCAAUGAGUGCAUCUGGCACGUAUCGCACUCCGCGAUGACGCCACAAUCGCGAUUGUGACGCUGUGCUUACUGUGGUAACAUAUCGCCAAAUAUCAUCCGGAGCGAGGAACAUUUCGAGGUGUCAGAGCAAACAAAACCGCAUUAAAUAAUGAAGAUAAAAAUAAAAACCUUCCCUAUCGAGGAAAUAAACGAUACGAUGUUCUCAGGCUCGGAACCUCAACUCCAUCACUUGCGACUCAACGCAGACCAUCUCAACUACAUCGAGUACUACAAUAUCGACGUUUACUUGGUUCUUCUUGGCUCGGUUUUCACUGUUUUGUACGCAUUUUUCCGACUUUGUGGCCGGUCGGUUCAAAUAAAAUUAAAACUUUCGCAGAAAAGUAAGUUAUCAUAAUCUUUUCCGAGUCUAUCGUGUACAAUAACUGCAGUUAUAAGUCUCCGAGAGUCACGAAUUCAUACAUUUAUUGUUAUAUACUGGUUUGCAGUUAGGCGUUAAAUUUGGUUCUGUAUAUUGCCUGUGAUUUUUAACUAUCUCUUUACCUUUUUCUUGUACUAACAGUUGUCUUUUGAGACGUCGAUUUUAGCUUGAGUUCACACUUUAAUAGCAGAGUUUGACUACUUUGAGCCAAGCUAGGACCAGUCUCAUAGUUUUCGUGUACUUUUUAACUUUGAUCUUUACCUUUAACUUUUGUGAAUAUCUGCUCAUGCUGUCAAUAAACAGCUUUUUUCCGUUUUGAGCUUGUUGUGAGAAUUGUUUUUAGCAUUUUAAGGUAAGAAUACCUGUGGAGUCAAUUUCUUGAGUUUACUAUUGCGUAAAUAACUAUGAUCCACAGAAGUCGUAGAAAGCCAGCCUAUGAAGAUAAGCAUAUGAACUUAGGGCCUUAUGGAGAUCGGAAACAGCUCUUCGCUUUUUAUGAACUUGAGCUAGAAGUGAUCAAGGAGGAGUCUUUGUCACAACAAGAGUCCACACACGACAGUGAUUAACCUCAAUCAGCCUUUGUUCUCUUGUCUCGUUCAGGUAAUCCGUGGAGAACUCAGUGUGGUGCGAAAGGUGUGAACUGCCGCCAGGAACUCACGCAAGGCCCAAGCUCUUUGCUUGGGCCGAACUGUUUGGGUUGCCAAUUGCCAGAGUAG